AUGGUUCCACCGGACAUCGUAGGGCCAGUGGAUUUGCAACCGACCUUGGCAGCGAACGCCAUUACUGCCGGAGAGCCACGACUGGUAUGUGGUCUUGCAGCACGCUUCACAUGCGAGGCUGCGGCAGGUGCCACGUCGAUUCUGAUUCAGCUCGAUCGGCUAAGCAAAGCCAAGUGUGACGAGAUUUUUAGCGAGUGCCGGCAAACCAACCCAGUGUUCACCUUCCAGGAAUUUGUAAAGAGUGCUGCAGCCCUUGCCUAUGAAGCAGAGAGCAUUUUUUUUCUGUUGCAAUUUGCUGAGUUGGACAAUCCUGGACGUUGCACACUGGGCUGCUUCGUGGCUCCUUGGCGUGAAGCACGGCGCAUUCUGACCCUUCUUAUCCUUGCAUGGGAUAGCGCCAUGAAACACAGGUUGUUCCCAAUGGCGGCUGGUCAGUUUGCAACCUCAAGCUUUUGUGGUGACAAUCCAGGUCCUGCUUGUAUUCGAGUUCAGGGCUUCUGCGACCCUAGCCAGGAUGGUGACUACUACAAGCACCCAGUCUGUGUAUCCGGCCAAGCCCAGUGGUCAAAGAUUGAUGGCUCGCUCCGAAUUCGAUAUGAUGGAGACGAAAGGAAUGGGCAGGCCGGAAAGUGGGUCUUGGAAACGGACGUGGUUGAUUUGAUGGCCAGCAGCUACGGAACCGAGAUUGCACGUCAGCCGACGUUCAAUCCAACGCCAAGCUUAGGGGACACCAUCUGGAAUCUGAAAUGCAGGUAUCCCAGCAACGAUGGUUUGGGCAGCUUUUAUAUCCAGUACCGUACCAAAAUUGUGGAGUUGGUGUCCUGCACUUGUGAUUCCCAGAUUGACUGCAACGGUGCUGGCGUGGCAAUUGGGAGCAAAGAGAACGGCCCGAACUGUUUGUGCGAAUGCAGUCCAGAUCGUGCUGGUGAUUCGUGUGAGAUUCCUCUUUGCCAGGUACCAGGUGUGCAAAAUUCUCUUGAUCCUGCCUGCGAAGAGGGUAAUUGGAUCUACCCAAAUGGAGUUUGUACGCCGAGCUGUCAAGAGGGCUACCAGCCAAAUCACCCCAGCUUCACGUGCACUGCGGAUGGUACUUUUUUGCUCCCACUUGGCUUCACCUGUGACCAAAUCUGGGUCAACGAAGCUCCUGUUGACGAGUUUGGCAACACUCCAGAUGCCUACAAGGAAACCACCAGCACUACGCCGCCGGAAUGCUCCGAUUUCGAUUGCGUCUUUCAUGGGACAGCCACCGGCAAGCGCCGAGAGGAUGGCAGUUGCGAAUGCAAUUGUGACAAGGGCUACACUGGUCCUCAAUGCCGCUCCAUUGUAGGUGAUUGCCUCGCGCCGCUGCACAAGAACAUUCCAAAUUCUGCACUUUCCACCUGCGUGGAAGGUUCAAGACCAAACCUGGUUUGUACUGCACGUUGUGCGGACAUGUACUAUCCGGUGCCGGAAACCUUGGAAUGUCAAGGAACUCAGCUUGUUCCCGAGAAGUUCCGCUGCUUUGGAGGUCCAACAACAGAGGUUAGGUGGUGCCAGGCUGCACAGAUUACUUCGCUGGUGUUUUCUGGUUGCACCGCGCUGGGACUGAUCGUGGCAUGCUAUACUUUCCAGCGGAAUCAGGCGAGAGAAUUCCAAAACUAUUUGCAUAAUGACAAGUUGGUGGAGGGUGUCCAAGAUGUGCAUGGCAACUACAAUGUGGUCCGCAUGACGAACGGCACGGAAUACCACUCCAAGUUGCCAGAUCACAUUUUGGCAUUUGAUCCACGAGAACCUCCCAAGGAGGGCUCAGCCCAUGAAGAGGAAGAUCAUGACAAUUCCUCGACUUUGGUGCCCGAGCAUGGCUUGCCAAGUCUGCAAGAUGAAGGUACCUAUACCCCGGAGGUGCGACAUAGCAUUGGAGGUCUGCCAGGACAGGUUGAGGUGCUGGCCUUGAGUGGUCCUGGCAUUCGACGUGGGGCAGAGGUGAUUCUGCAAAACAUCGUCGGCCGACCGGAGCUAGAUGGAGCGCAUGGGUGGGUGUUAGACUACAGCCACGAGACUGGACUCUACGAGGUGGAUCUUGAGGGGGUGGAGAUCUUGAAGAUGAUACCGGAAUAUUGUUUGCAAGACGUGGAGUUGUCUGCUGAGCCUCCAGCCAUCAUGUCUGCUCCAGGCCCGGAAGCUGCGGACGCGAACUGGCUCGUGAGUAUGAGGGACUUGGAAAACAAGGUGGAGGCCAGCCGCCAGGAGCGCUACAAGAAGUUUGCCAGUGAGCAGACCAAAGAAGCCACUGAACGGGAGGCACGCGUCAAGGAGGCUCUCCAGGAAAGCGCUGCGGUGCGCGCGGAUUUGGAAGGCCGCCUGCGUAUGGGCUUGCGGACUGGCGAUGCAGAAAUGUUGCGGGAAGCCAUCGCAGAGGUUCACGAGCUCUUGAAGCAGCCCUACUUGGCAAUAGCUCCGCCUGCAUCGCUUAGCUCCCUGCAGCGAGUCUUGGAGACCGCAGAAUCUCGCCUGGAGCAAUUUGAUACCAUCAAGGAGUCACGACAGCGUGCUGAAGACUAUGCCGAGCGCGUGCGCACAGGGAAGGCCGCGGACUGGAAGAUGACCUCGGCGGAUCUCUUGCGCUAUGUCCAGGAGUGCAAUCCUGGGAAAGUCCAAGCAGGCUUGAAAGCACAGCUUCCAGUUUUCCUGCGCUCUUCCGAUGGGCAGCGCUUCACCAUCCUGCAUGAUGCCUGCCGGGACGCAUGCCUUGACGAGCCACGCAGUGAGAAGGCUCAGAAACGGAUUGAAGUUGUCAGGCUCUUGUGCGAAGCGAGGGCAAACAAGAAUGCGGUGGACAUGAAGGACCGCACGCCUUUGGAUUUGGCAUUGGAGCUGGGCGGGCCAAAGGCUCGGCGCCGCCCGAGCGUCCGGGAGCUCCGGAAGCUCGGCCUGCGCACGGCCGAAGAAGCGGCCAUGGAGAUGCGCGGAGAAACCAUCCUCGUCGACGAGGACCGGAUGCGUGUGGGGUUCCGGAUGUGUGUCGUGUCCGUUUUUUCUUGCCGCAGAUGUUUGAGGUUGCGUUCCAAUGAUAUUACUAUAUACAUGUUGGAAUUUCAUUAUUGA